UUGGGGGUUUAAGUAAAUUAUUGAUAAGUGGCUCUGUUAUGUUGGGAAUUAAUACAAUAAAUUCUGAUGUUGAUGCUGUUGUUAUUUUAGAAGAAAAUGAAAAAGAAAACAAGAAAAUAAAGAUUCCAAAAUUUCAACAGAAUCAUUCUGAAGAGUUACAAAAAUAUAAAAACAUGCUAGAACGGCCAACAAGUUCAAAUUGUGAGGGAUUAAAACUUGAAGACCGAAGUUUUGGGAAUAACCCACUAUUUUCCUCCUUAAUUUGUUCAAAGGAUGAGAAAAUAAAUAAAGAAAUAAACGAGGAUAAUAAAAAUAUAGAAAUUGAUAUUAAAGAGAAAAGAUUAAAUCAAGUAUUUGGUAAUGAAAAUGUAAAUUGUCAAUUUGGUAAAAGAGAGGAAUGUAAUGAUCAGUCUUUGUUUUGCUUCCUUUGUCGAGUUUGUUUUAAUUUAAGAUUUGAUCCCGUAUCAAUUUGCCUAUUAUAUUAG